ACUGCUUGCCAGUGCUUCUGACGGGCCCUGUUGAGGUUUAGCAUUUUGUAUUUGGUAUUCCUUUAAAACGUUCACAAUGCCAACAAUUAAGCUGCAAAGUUCGGAUGGAGAGAUCUUUGAGGUGGACGUAGAAAUAGCGAAGCAGUCCGUGACAAUAAAGACUAUGCUGGAAGAUUUGGGUAUGGAUGAUGAAGGAGAUGAUGACCCAGUCCCCCUUCCCAAUGUGAAUGCAGCCAUUCUCAAGAAGGUGAUCCAGUGGUGCACCCACCACAAAGAUGAUCCCCCUCCCCCCGAGGAUGACGAGAACAAGGAGAAAAGGACGGAUGACAUCCCUGUUUGGGACCAGGAGUUCCUCAAAGUGGACCAAGGGACCCUCUUCGAACUUAUUUUGGCUGCAAACUAUUUGGACAUUAAAGGACUGCUAGAUGUCACCUGCAAGACGGUGGCCAACAUGAUCAAAGGAAAGACUCCAGAGGAGAUCAGGAAGACCUUUAACAUCAAAAAUGACUUCACAGAGGAAGAGGAAGCCCAGGUACGCAAGGAGAACCAGUGGUGUGAAGAGAAGUAGAGGAGGAUCCUGCCAACACUAACACUGAAAGGAUUGUUCCACAAACUGGUUGCACUGCACUGUUCAUACUUGUUAAUAUUAGUCUAUUAGAGCGACAGACCUUCCUGUGUACUUCAUAGCAUGACCAUUUCCAUUGCUUGUGUGGUGCCGAAAUUUCAUGUUUUUACAAAUUUUACUUCACUUUAUAUUUACAUCAGAUGGAUUUUUUUUUUUUCCUUUCCAAUUUAAAAAGUAGAUGCACCUCUCCCUGUUUUUGAAUUGCUAUAGUUGUCUUUUUUACUGGACAUUCUUUUUUCUUUUGAUUCAACUGAAUAAAUUGCUUUUUUGGCAACUGAAAGGAUAGCUUAAUGCUGAAAUGUGUAAAUACAGCUUCUGUGCUGUCUGAGUCAUGUUAAGGAGACAAGCUGGAAAUUAAAGUGAGGGUAAAUGUGUGUAGUGGACUGACUCAUUGUCCAGGAAGUAAAUGUGUGCUGUCUGUCACGCAACUUAGGGUAUUUACCUUGCAUAUUAAUAUUAUAUUGGUUUGGAAUCUUUUCUCAGCUCUGCUCAGAUGACAGGUUAUGAACCAUUAUGUUUCUGGAGUAAAUAAAUAAC